GCAGAAUUCAUGAUACAGGGUAAUAUGGAGGGGAGCCGUUCGGUUGCUUCGCAUACUGUGUCAAUUCUUGCAUUCGAAAUCCUGUGUGUCUUCACUUUCUUCCAUUUAAUUAGAGUUCGCUUAAUUUUGCCACGUGUAACACACGUUCGAACUUUAAACAAGGCUGACCUCACCACCAUUCAUUGCCGCUGCAAGUGUAAGUAUACACGACUGUAAUCCAGUCCCCACGUCGACACAAAAAAACCGCUCACAUGGAUGACAAGCAGGCGGUUCGCGGACCGACUUCUGAGGUCCUGCAGACCGCGGAAGACGCCACAAGUUCAGAAAUCGUGGACGGAGAUAUUAUUCAGCCGGUCUUGGAGACGAAAAAUGCUUCUGAGGUUUCUGAAUCUUCGGGUACAGAAGUAGUCGAGGGUGACAAACAAGAAAUAAAAGAAAUGGAACUGAACACUGCAGCGACUUCCAGUUCUGUAGAACAAUCUUUGGUUGCUCAAAAGCCCUCCGAAGCUGUUGACGGUGUUACUGAAGACGAAGCUUCACCUGACUGUAUCAUUUGUUUGUCUGAAAUUCCUGUAUCACCGCCUUCCACCCCAAUUGCCACCUUGGUUUGCGGUCAUUUCUUCCAUAAUAAUUGUCUUGAAACAUGGUGCAAUGUUGCAAACACUUGUCCCUUGUGCCGGGUAGUUUUUCACAAAGUUGAUUUAUACGAGUAUAAAGGAGGUCCAUGGGUUCGAGCAUAUCCCGUCCAAGACAAAAUUCAAGGCGUCUCAGAGGGUCCCGACCUUUCAGAAGUCAGAUGCAUUGUUUGUGGCCGAAUGGAUCAGGAAGAUAUGCUUAUGCUGUGUGAUGGUUGUGACGAUGCUUAUCACACGUUCUGCUUGGAUAUGACUUCGGUUCCCGUGCACGAAUUUUACUGUCCCAACUGCAUGCUUCUGAAUGGCCGUCUGCAAGACUCUUCGCUGCUUCGCAUGUCCAACAUACUUGCUCGUUCAAACACUCGUCCUGCACGUGCUUCUCGGGUUUCGCUUACCCAGCAGCGGUUGUGGACGCGCGCUUGGAACGAACUUCGAAAUCGAACUUGGCAGUUUUUGGAUGCGGAUUUAGCUUAUCUUUCUUCUUUUCAAAAUACAAGCUUCCAACGUUCCUCACCGGCUGAUGAAUGGAUACGACGCCGCGUUGAGCAGACUUCUCGACGCUCUCGGCAUACUGAUGUAAAUUCAUCUAGAACGGCGGAAGGAGAUUCUUCUGCAGAACCGUGCGCUCACAUGAAUCCGGAGGAGCAAAAAGCUUGGAGUGAGCUGGAGGUGCUUCGUCGGAAUCCAGAGCAAGUUUCAGAUGAUGCUGAAAGAACAUCGACAACUAGCCCCCGCUCCAAAAAAACUGAAGAACGAUCAAAUAAGCCGACACCGUUAGCAUCAGCAGCCCCAACAUCUUCUAACUCCUCGGUUACCAAAUUAAAACGCCCCAUUCACCGCGCAUCAGAUAGACGCGAGUCUGUUGCAAGCUCCUCAAGUGUUCAAACUUCUCCUCAGGCAUCGCUACUAGGCUCAUCGUCUGGUGGACCGUCUUUUCUCGCAAACUUGGUUAGUGAUAUUAAAAAGCCUACCGUUCCCGGCACACAACCUAUCCUACAACUUAACGAUAUUCAAAUACCAAGUCAUCCGCCGGCACUAUCUGACACAUCCGCUUCUGCUUCUUCCUCGCCUUCUCCCCCUCCAUUCACACCUCUGUUCUCUCAUUUAGCGCCCAAGGCUUUACCGGUGAUAGAAACACAUCAUGAUGCUCACGAUGUCGAAAGACAAACAACGUCCAAUACAGAGAUGACCAACACAACUCACUCAUCUAAGCAUUCGACUCGUUUACGACGCAAACUCCCUCUAGAAGUCAAAUACGAAGUCGAGAAGAUGGUGCGCGCAACACUUAAACCCAUGUAUCACGAUGGUCAACUAUCGAAAAAGCAGUUCGCCUCUUACAACAAACACAUAUCGCGAUCACUUUACGAUUCUUUGCUCGACGGAAGCCUUUCGUACGAGCUUUCUCAGAGGCACAGUUUACAGAACGCAGUUAAGGAUAGAGUCAGGGAGGCCUUCAACAAAGGUCGCUGAAGGCAACGGGUGCGUAAAUUGCAAUCCUGCUGUUCCUUAGAAUAGUGUGAUAUGCUUCAUAUGCGUAUGUGUUACUUCCAAAAAAAAGUGUGCGUCGUGUCACGAAUAACUCUUUUUUAUUUUGUACAAGUAGUUUUGAACCAUUAAUAUAACGUCUCAUGAAUUAACCAACGAGAUUGGAUUGUUUAAGUAAUGCAGGUUGAUAUUCAUCUUCUACGGGGAGGUCUUGGACGAUGGAA